CAAUGCAUUAAACUUUUAAUUCCUUUAGACAAUUACAGAAGGCGGUGGGUAGACAACGGGUGGUAUCGGAAACCAUAAUAAGAUCCUAAAGCCACGAUAAGACACAAGGUAAAACGGCUCGAGAUGAACAACCACUUUAUACCAACGAUUGGUUCCGAUCUUACAGUAACCACACUUAGGAACCUCUCAUCAAACUUUACUUUGGAAACUUCUAAAGCGUCAAGGAUGGCAACCACGUCUUUUGAAAUUACCAAGAUCUCAUUUUACUUUGUAAUUCUGUUGUUUAGCUCGUUGGGGAAUGGAAUGGUUGCGUAUAUCAUUUGCUCAAGGCGUAAAAUGAGAACCGCGUCCAACUACCUCAUCCUGAACCUCGCCAUCUGUGACUUUCUAACGCCGCUUCUUAGCAUCCCGUUCGACUUCGCGCUUGAGAAGAAUGAAUACUUGUGGCUGUAUGGAGCUGCUAUGUGUAAAUUAUUAUGGCCUGCAGCUACAUAUACUACCACGUCCUCAGCGUUCUGCCUUGCCGUUAUAUCCCUGGAUCGAUACCGAAUUAUCAUGCACCCCUACAAAACACGCCUGUCUACCAAGCAGGUCGCCGCUACUAUAGCCGCUUCACAUAUUCUAUCUAUAGCAUGCGUCGUGCCGUACAGCCAUGUCCUACACCUGCAGUCUGGAUUGUGCCAGGAGGGAUGGAGGUCAUUUUCUUAUCGACAAGCUUACACAGCGAUCUUAUUCCUUGUUCAGUACGCACUACCCCUCGUGUUCAUGAUCAUCAUGUACACACUAGCGCUGAUUCAGUUGUACCAUUCGUACGGAAGGACUUUCCAUAUGAGAUCCGUAAUAGAGAAAAAUAACUACGGCGGUAGAACAAGCGAAACCGGGAGAAAACUAAGUAGAGCUAGGACUUUACGGAGGAGUCUAAGUUUUGGUGCAACAUCAUCUGCGAAUGUGCGCGCAACCAAAAUGUUCCUAGUGGUUGUCACGGUUUUCUCGAUCUUUAUGCUCCCGAACCAAGUCAUUUGGUUGUGGGCUGAUUUCGGAGGAGGAAGUACCGACCAACCCUAUGAUAAAAUAGUCAUCAUUUGUUGGCUGUUUACUUACACUAAUUGCGUCUGCAAUCCAUUCAUUUUCGCUAUUUUCAGCCAUGAAUUCCGCCACGGUUUCAAACAAGUUUUCAGACCUUCAUACCUAAGACUAAGGGAAUCAUUGUCUCGAGGUUCAAAACGCCAGUUUUUGUCGCGCGUUCCAAAAUCUUUUCGAUCACAAACAAAGAGGAAAUCACCAGAUGAAGCGAAAACCACUGGUAAUGCCAUCAUCAUAGGAAACAACAUGGCCGAUAUUGCACGCGAAGAUGAUCAACAUAAAGACCAAGAGAUCAUUCACUACAGAAUGACGGUGUUUAUUUGAACUACCGAUGAAAUAUGCUAAAGAAUAUUUGUUACUUCCAUUAACAAAACAAGCUAUCUAUAAAUUGAAUUAAGUCAUUCAAAUGGAUUUUUUUAGAAUUAUGAUCACUUAUAUCAAGCUGUUAACUACAAAGAUCAGUCAUGCAAGCAAUUCUAACUAAACAAAACACUCUAAAACCUGCGUUAAUUGUACCUUUUACGAUGUUUUCAAUUUGCAGAAAUCAGAAUUAGUAAGAAUUGUAUAUGCCACCUGACGCCCCCUGAUAAUUGAAGUCUAAUCCACAGUGCUGCUCCUCUGUUUAAUUGCUUUUCCAAAACGAUUAUUAGAGUACAGACUGUGCAGAGAAAAAUAGUUUGUAAUUAAAACAAAACCCAUUAAUAUAUUAUGUGCUUCGUCCGUGUUAUAUGGUGAAAUAUACCUCUUUUAGCUAUCUCUACCGCCGGUUCAAGUCAGUGUGAUUCUUCAGUGUCCAAGUUGAAAUCCAGACCAUAAUUCAAGUCAGACUAAGAAAAAAAAAACAUCGUCCGACUCAGGGACGUAUGUAGCUGUUUGUUGAAAGGCGGUUUUGCUUUGACAUAAUGAAGAGAAAAAAUAUAUUCAUGGCUUUUCUUUUGUAAAUAACACUUGUCUGGGGGGACUGGGGGUUUUCAUAGACACAGAAACGCCCCUCUGUUCCUCCCAGCCCCAUUUUAGGCUUGGGUGGUGUGCUGGGCCCCUCCGACCCCCCCCCCCCCCCCCCCAGCCCCAUUUUAGGCUUGGGAGGUGCCCUACAUACAACGCGAUUAGAAAGGCAUACUAUAGUGUUAUCAAAGACAAAACUAAUAUCAACUUAAAUGCAAUGACAUCUGAAAGAGCUUUCCUUUUUAUUAUUACCAUGGAUCAAAGAAACGAGAUCAUUAACAGGGAAACUGCAAAAUAUAUUUUUGACUGCACAAGAAAAAGAUUUGAAUGCCUAAACGAAUAAAUGCACACCACGGAUAAUGACAACCUCCUUUUUAUCUUAACUAUUUGGAAAAACACCUGAUAUAUAAUCAUGUAUAAGGGUACCAAAUAAAAUAUAUU